GUUAAACCAAACAUGAGGAAUCAAAGGUAAAUAAACAAGAAUAAAAACAGAAAUGGCAAGAAAAGGAAAAAAGAAAAAGCCUAGUUAAAAAGAAAGGGAUCUUUUCCAUGGGAUCAUUUCUGUGCGAUAGACAGCGAAAACAGGUAAAAGGGAAAAGAAAUAAACAAAAAACAAAAAAUAACAAACAAACAACAAACAUUAAACAUUAAACAUUAAACAUUAAACAAUAGAAAAGCAAAGACAAAUUUACACAGCCUCAACUCAAUCGUAUUUCCCAGUAGAAAGGUAGAACACCCAAAACAAUGACAACACCAGAGUGACAUAAAUAGCAAAGAGAGGAAACAGUAAACAGAGUAGAAUCCGUCUGAGAGAAUUGAAGCUUUGAAACGAAAGACAAACGAAUUUAGAAAAGAAAUAAAAUAAAAGAAGAAAAAAGAAAAAAAGGAUUCAGCAAACGGAAUGGAAUUUGUAAAGGAGACUUAUUGUAUCGAAACAAAUGGUACCCACUAUCUUGGCACAUCAAAAAAAAAAAAAAAAAGAAAUAUAUAUAUAUAUAAAAUCAAAAUAAACUGAAAUAAAUGAAUAUUGAAUAAAAGUUGCAAAAUAAAAAUACAAAAACAAGUAUCAACCAGGGUUCGAAACUCGUAAACCCAGCCAACAAUGGAUGAUGGCGACUGAGCACCUUUUCCUUUGUUAUGUGAUCUCGACGUCACCUUAUACAGCAAAUUGAAUGAAAGGAAAUAAGGAAAUAAACCUUUUUCGAUGAUCCAGCCGAAAAUCUGAAAGUUGAUGAUGGCUUCGCAUGCAUUUUGUGUAACAUCAGCUUGAUCGUCCUGGCAAUGAAUGCUCUGAACAAUUUCGCUAUUUGGUGUGUUUCUUUGUUUACUAAACUACGCGGCGAAUCAUUGCUCCAAAACAGAUCCCCAUCUUUUUUUUUUUUAAUAAAAAAACCACCUUGAAACUCAAUCUAGUCAAUUCUUCCAUCCUUGCCAUUGUUUAUUUACGCAUCCUUAGAAUCUUCGAGUUACCCCCACCCGUUCUUUCCGAAGCUUGGUGCCUUUCUCUUUAACCCCCAUAUGUAUUUUUCCCCACCGAAGAAAAAGCAAGUUGACACAGGUCAUGCCGGAAGCCCCCUGACCCGGCUGUCUUGGGGAUAGACUAGUAGCUAACCUUUGUCGGUCGGAUUUUCCCUUUCUCGGCUACCAGUGUACGAUCUGACACACUCUCCUUGGACCUUUAUUGCUUCCUGUGUCUCUUUUUCAGCGCUUGAUUGUACCUUUUUGGUCAGCUACGAUUUUUGGAUUUGCGCCGCUGCAGUCAAAGAAAACCUGUGAGCCAAGUUCGUUUUGAUUUGUAUCAAUCAUGAAGGCUCUAAAGAUCGUUCUAUUCUUUCAUAGCAAACAAAUGAAAGUUGGAACAACAUAAUCACGUCCUGUCAUCCUUGUUUUCUCUCUACGUCGAAGCCUCUCUCAUCUGCUUUUGUUUAUUAUGGCGACAAAUUUUUACUCGUUAUUCUUCUAUUGCUCAGGUCGAGCUUACUACUCCUUACAUUGUUGCUGCAUUCUGCGAAAUCUGCUCAUAUCAGGCUUCUCUGAUUGGCUACUUUUAUUUUCCAUCUUCACCCUGAAUGGCCUGUUUUUCCACAAACUAUUUUCAGCAAUCGAUCUUUGGGUUGUAAACCCUAACCCUGUAUUGUUUUAUCCACCUAUAAAAUCCUCGAAUGGCUAAGCUUGUACCGUUUCUACCAUAACCGCCAACCAGACAGCCCCUUUGCCAGACGCUAGGUCUCGCUCCGCUGUAGUUUCCCGAGUGACUUGCAGGGUUGAUUUCGCUAAAUGCUUUAAGCACGCCCGUACUUUUUCGCUCUACUUUGUUAUUUCUUUCCUCCUAAGGGAACCUAUUUCUGUGUCACUUCUUGUUUGUUCCUUUCCCAUCUUGGAUUUGUUGAUUCCCACUGCUCGUAUCCUGACUCUUUCGCUUCACUUUGUUUUUGUAUAAAUUAGUGGUUGCAUUCGUUUUGACUCUUGGAUUGUUCAACAUACCUGUCCUUGUUUACAUUCUCUGUUGUCGGUUUUAUUUCUUCAUCUCUGUUAUUUUUCACUUUCUUUCGAUAUAGACCUGUCUCUUAAUUUCUUCCAACAUUAUGUCUUCCGAUGAUGCUGAUAUCAUUAUCGUAGGUGCUGGUGUCACUGGUUGUGCUUUGGGUGCUGCUUUGGGUCGACAAGGUCGAAAGGUCCUCGUCCUUGAACGUGACAUGUCGGAGCCCGACCGAAUCGUCGGUGAAUUGCUUCAACCCGGCGGUAUAGAAGCGCUUGAAAAGAUUGGAAUUGACGACUGUAUUAACGGUAUUGAUGGUCAAUUCACCUCGGGUUAUCAAAUCUUCCACAAUGGUAUUAAUGUACCUGUUCCUUAUCCCGAAAAGGCAGAUGGCUCUGACUACUUCGGUAUCGGUUUCCAUUAUGGUCGAUUUGUCAUGAAUUUGCGUAAGGCUCUUAUGAGUACUCCAAACGUUACUGUUGUCGAAGCCACAGUGAACGAGCUCAUUCGUGAUGACUCGGGUGAUGUGAUUCGUGGUGUCGCUGCCACAAGAAAAGCAGACUCUUCCCUUAUUCAAUACAAAUCUGCAUUGACUCUUGUUUGUGAUGGUUGCUUUUCAAGAUUCCGCAAAAGCUUUAUCGACCAUCCCAUUCAGAUUACUGAUCAUUUUCUUGGUCUUAUCCUCACGAACCCCGAUUUCCCCGUCCCUGGUCGUGGUCAUGUCAUUCUUAGCGAUAUCGCUCCAAUGGUCAUAUAUCCCAUUUCCUCCAAUGAAGCUCGUAUCCUAAUAAACUACCCUGGGAAAAAUCUUCCUUCUAGUGAUCUCCUUAAGCAGUACGUUUUGGAGAAGUGUGUUCCAAGGAUGCCCGAGCCCCUUCGUCCUUCUCUCAAGGCUGCUGUCCAUAAUGAUCGACUUCGCUCUAUGCCCAAUCAGUUCUUGCCUCCUUCGGUCAAUCGCACCAAGGGGUUGAUUCUCGUUGGUGACUCUAAUAAUAUGCGUCAUCCAUUAACAGGUGGUGGUAUGACUGUCUGCUUCCACGAUGCUCAUUUACUUUCUCGUUUCAUUGCUCCUAAUAUUGUCCCAGAUCUUUACGAUUAUGAUAAUGUAAUUUCGCAAACUAAUAAGCUCCAUUGGAAGCGUAAAGGUUAUAGCUUCGUUAUUAACGUUCUUUCUGUCGCCCUCUAUAAAGUAUUCACCCCAAAAAACCGUUAUAUGAAGGCUUUAGAAGACGGUUGUAUCGAUUACUUUAUUCGUGGUGGGGGUUGCGUUGAAGGCCCUAUUCGUUUGCUUGGAGGUCUAGAUCAUAGUCCUUCUCAUUUGCUUCUCCAUUUCUAUGCUGUUUGCGCCUAUAGUAUUUAUCAAUACAUUUUCGGCGGUGGUCCCGCUACGCUUAUGCCUAUUCGAGCUUUGGAGUCUGUACUUAUUUUCUUGCAAGCCUCACUAGUUAUUAUCCCCUACAUCCUUAGUGAAAUGUCAUCUUAGACUUGAUUUAAUCGGUUCCCGUUCACCCUUUGGUUACUCCUUUUUGCAUUUAUCCGAAUAUUAUUUUAAUAAUUAACGUGCUUUCUAUAAUAAAUUGUUUCCUGGACAUAAAAAUCAUUUCUUUUAUGCUUUCAAAAUUACUUCUAAUUGUCUCCACCUGCUUCAGUAAGACAUACGCUCAAUUAUUAAACUUAAACAUUUCGGAGGCUUCAUUUUCAUGACAUUGGGUAGCUAUAGGCGCAAUUAAAUCACGUUGAAGAUAAGUUUCCUAAAUGGUAUAAAGAACUAAAUUGAUUUAAUAACCCUCAUAAAUAACUCAUUUAAAUAUCUAUAAAAUAACCGCUUAUAAUCCCUCAAAGUUUUCGUUUUCAUAAGCAAUCCUCUUUUUCGGAGAUUCUUCUUCAUUUCCAACGUUUUCCAAAUUAAAAUCAGAUUUCCUUUUAGAAUUUUGGGGGCGGUUUAAGCUAUCCUCUGAAGUAUUAUUAGAUUCAGUAUUAAGCAUAGCCGAUUCCAAGAAAUAGCGAUCUUCAAGAAUAGAUUGACGGCUAUUAUCUGGCGAAUCAUUCGAGAAGUUUGGAAUGCCCAACUUGUUCUCCGUACAGCCUGUAUCGUCGGAAGACUUAGAAUUAUCAUUUUUCGGGUUAGAAGAUUUUUCAGGUGACGGUGUUUCCCCAUUUCCCUUUUUAGUCAAAUUUUCAAUGUCUAAAUCAGUAGGAUCAUGGGCGCUUACACUCUUAAAGCUUUCGGAACCGGAACUUAAACUAUCUAUCAGUUGAAGUAUUUCAGAAAAUGUACUGAAAUCUGAUAAAGAUUCCAUUUGGGUCCGGUAGUGUUUAUUCAAAUGAUCAAGUACUUUUUCUGAACCAUCAGAGCGUAUAUAUUCAAAGAACUCUAGAGUUGCAGAAUUAAGUAGAUCCGUCUCAUCCCUUACCUUAACCAUUAGCUCCAAAAUUUUACCAAAGAUAUCAUGCUCCAACAUUAUAGAAGACAUAUCACCUUGACGAGCUGCUAAACAUGAACGGAAAAACCGAAGACCACUCAAGACAACAUAUUUUUUACUGCUUUUAAGCAAAAAGGCAAUUUUAGAAGCUAUCACUUUAUAAGUGUCUAGUUGACGGGUCCAUUGUUCAUGGAUUUUAAAAAAGUAGCUAAACAGUUCACAUAAAUGCACAUAUAAAUCCAG